AUGGCUCCUCAUAACGACGUAGGCGCCUUUCACGAAGCCCUCCGCUCAAGCAAGCGCAUCCUCGCGCUCUGUGGAGCUGGUCUCUCAGCAUCAUCUGGCCUACCUACUUUCCGAGGCGCUGGCGGUCUUUGGCGAAAUCAUGAUGCUACGUCUUUAGCUACUCUGAGUGCUUUCAAGAAUGAUCCGGGUCUUGUGUGGUUGUUCUACAAUUAUAGACGUCAUAUGUGCUUGCGCGCGGAGCCGAAUCCAGCGCAUUAUGCUCUUGCGGCGCUGGCUGAGAAGAACAAGGACUUUUUGUGUCUGACACAAAAUGUCGACAAUCUCUCUCAACAGGCGGGUCAUCCACAGGAUCAACUGCGUACCUUGCAUGGUUCCCUCUUCGACAUCAAGUGCACCAACUGCGAUUGGAUCCAGCGAGGCAACUAUGAUGAUCCAUUCUGUCCUGCCCUCGCACCAGCUUCAGUUGAUGUAGAGCCAGGCAAACCAUUUCCCCUCCUUGACGCCUCGCAGCCUCUGGACCCAAUCUCACCAGAUGACAUUCCGAAAUGCCCUCAGUGCAAGACAGGCUUUCAAAGACCGGGUGUUGUGUGGUUCGGUGAGAAUCUGGACGAAGUUAUGAUGAUGGGUAUCACAAACUGGCUUCUCGAGGACAAAGUAGAUUUGAUGCUUGUUAUUGGUACUUCGGCCCAAGUCUACCCUGCUGCAGGCUAUAUCGAUAAAGCCAAACGUAAAGGCGCACGUAUUGCGGUUAUUAACCCUGAGGCUGAGAAUGAGGAAGAGAUGUACAAGGUCAAGCCUGGUGAUUUUGCAUUUGGCAAGGAUGCUGCAGAGUAUCUGCCUCUGCUCUUGGAGCCUGUUAUUGGCAAGCUUGAGACAGACAAGAAGGAAAAAUCUUAG